CAAUCGCGACAGAGCGCGGCGAACGGACGCGCCGCUCGUGACCGCGCACGCCGGGCCUGUUUUUAAUCGGGGGCGCGGACGUGCGCGUCCCCGCGGAGUCUUUGUGUGGCGGCGUAGAGAAGCGCAAAUACAAUAACCAUGGCCGACGAGAAACCCAAGGAGGGUGUAAAGACAGAGAACAACGACCACAUCAACCUGAAGGUGGCGGGACAGGACGGGUCAGUGGUCCAGUUUAAAAUCAAGAGACACACACCCCUCAGCAAGCUUAUGAAGGCCUACUGCGAGAGACAGGGACUGACAAUGAGGCAGAUUCGAUUCCGGUUUGAUGGACAGCCUAUCAAUGAAACAGACACACCCGCACAGUUGGAAAUGGAGGAUGAAGACACAAUUGACGUUUUCCAGCAACAGACAGGAGGACACAUCUGAAUCGGACGACUCUAUCAAGCCCAACCCAUCUCUCUCUCUCUCUCUGUUCCUGGUUCUCCCAGACCUCUCUCCUCAUGGUUUUCUGUAACUGCUGUUGUAUAGUGUUUUCAGUUCAUCAUGUUUUCUUUUGGUUUUGUACAUAAAGGGUUCCUGCUACAGUAAUUAUUGCAUUGGGUUUGUUAAUUGCCGUAAAAUCUGACGUGUUAAGCCCAAGUUCUUGAACGAGUGAUCGCUAAACUAUCAUGGAGACGGUCAUCUGUGUAUAGACCAACUAAUACAUGUUUCCCCUUAAGAAUCAUUGACCUGAGGAUACGAGCCGUGUAGAUUCGCUCAGGUUCAGAAAUGAGCGCACAGGCUUUUUUGCAGUUAUGACUGUGUUUCAAGAAAUGUUCAGCUCUGUUGUACUUUAAGCAGAUUCAAGUUGAUUUUCUGUUUUCCAUUCAGACAAUUUGGUUUUAAAACUUCUUUUUUUUUAUUGUAGUGAUCAUGUAUAGUGCAAAACUUGUGUUAAACAUGUUUUGACUCGUACGAGGGAAUUCAUGUUUCGGACAAGUCAAGCAUCUGUCUGUAUUGUCUAAUCUCUUGUUAAAAUAAAAUAUUCUCUUUUUAUCAAACUGCCAA